AGCAGCAGUGACUAGAGAUACGGGAAGAUUGAACAUCAUGCCUUUGUUUUGGCGUCGUUGCUGCUAGUAGAGACACUAGCAUUCUUAGUAGAGGAAGAGACAAAUUAAUUCUGAUUUAGUCCAAAGGUCGAUUUUAGUGAUUGAAAUCAUUAAAAGUUGAUAAUUUGUUAACACUGUCGUACAAAAUCAAUUAGAAACAUGAAAGAAGAAUCGCUAAAGGGUUGGCACCUUAUAUGGUGGUUGUUCAAGUUAUUUGGAUUUCCAAUAACUAUUCCAUGGUUAAUAUAUCAUUUUUUUGAUAUUAUACAACAAAAACGGAGAAAAGCUGCUCUGAGUGGGAAGGUGGUCAUGAUAACUGGAGCCAGUUCAGGAUUAGGAGAAGCCCUAGCUCAUGUUUUCUAUGAUUGUGGUUGUAAAAUUAUUUUAGUUUCUAGAAGGAAAGAGGAACUGGAAAGAGUAAAAAAUGCAUUAAUGAAUACUUAUGUUACAGUGACAACUUAUCCACCUGUAGUUUUGACAAUGGACAUAACAAAUAUGACCUCUCUCCAAUCUGAAGUAGCAUCAAUAACAGAAAUUUGUGGAAAGAUUGAUAUUCUCAUUAAUAAUGCUGGUAUUUCUUACAGAGGGGAUGUGGUUAAUACUAAUGUAGAUGUAGAUACAAAAGUAAUGCUUACAAAUUAUUUUGCACAAAUUGCUUUGACAAAAGUUGUACUUCCAUUUAUGAUAAAGCAACAGUCUGGUCAUGUAGUAUGUGUAAGUAGUAUACAAGGAAGAAUUGCAAUUCCAUACAGGUCUGCAUAUGCUGCUUCUAAACACGCAUUACAAGCAUGGUGUGAUAGUUGCAGAGCAGAAUUGGCUGAUCAGAAUAUAAAAGUUACAGUUGCCAGUCCUGGUUAUAUAAAAACUGCUAUUUCUCUUAAUGCAAUAACAGGAACUGGACAAAUUUAUGGAGCAAUGGACCAAGCUACAGAAGAGGGAUACUCUCCAGAAUAUGUAGCAAACUAUAUUUUGAAAGCAGUAUUAAAGCAGGAGAAAGAUGUAGUAAUAGCUCCAUUUGUCCCAAAAUGUGCAAUAUACUUAAGAGUUUUAUGUCCAUCUCUUUAUUUCUGGAUAAUGCAUAAAAGAGCAAGAAAGACAGCUAAGAAAGAAUAACCCUUUUUGAAUUGUUACAGUGUACAAAGUCCACUCUAAUUCGAUUUUUUCUGUAUCAUGUUUUGUUUGAUUUAUCGCACCUAUUUUUGUAUUAUUUUACACCGUUGUUAUUAUCAAUUCAAGUAAUUUUUAACUAAGAAAUUUCGGGAGUGUAAUAAAAAUAGUUAUAUUCAAAACUAUAUUUUAUUAUGCCACUUAAUAGUGGAAUAUGUUUACAUUAUAUACAUUUUAAUACUACAAAUGUUUUAACGAAAUUAAGCACUCUUAAAUACGCGGGUCACCUGUAACUUGAAAAGUUUCGUAAAAUACCGCUAUUUAAUAAUAAGUAAUUGUGAAGGUUUGUUUUAUAAAUGUAAUAAAAAUUCUAAAAAGUAAA